AGCCUGCCAUGUUUUUCCCGUGCUCCUCUGGGCCAGACGCGCCGAACGCCGUCGGCGCUAUAGCAACGGUAGCUAGCGGCCGGACGAGAGUGGCGAUAGGCCAUGUCUGGUCCCACUGAUGAGACUGCAGGAGACCUGCCUGUGAAAGAUAUAGGUCUAAAUCUCUUUGGAGUAGGAGGGUUACAAGAUACUUCAACAACACGAACAAUGAAGUCUCGGCAGGCAGUGUCACGUGUCAGUCGAGAGGAACUGGAAGACAGAUUUUUACGUUUGCAUGAUGAGAACAUUUUACUUAAACAGCAUGCCCGCAAGCAAGAGGAUAAAAUUAAAAGAAUGGCCACCAAGUUAAUACGGCUAGUUAAUGACAAGAAAAGAUACGAGCAGGUUGGUGGCGGCCCCAAGCGGCUGGGACGAGAUGUGGAAAUGGAAGAAAUGAUUGAGCAGCUUCAAGAGAAAGUUCAUGAUCUUGAAAGACAAAAUGAAGUCCUCAAAAACAGACUAAUUUCAGCCAAACAGCAACUUCAAAUCCAAGGUUACAGGCAAACUCCGUACAACUAUGUGCAGUGUCGUAUUAACACUGGCCGUAGAAAAGCAAAUGAAAAUGCAGGCUUACAGGAAUGUCCCAGGAAAGGUAUAAGAUUCCAAGAUGUAGAUAUAGCCGAAACUGUACAACCCAUGCUUACAAAAUAUGACAAUAGUUUACUUGAAGAAGCCAGAGGAGAAAUAAGAAAUUUAGAAAAUGUUAUUCAGUCACAGAGAGGCCAGAUAGAAGAGUUAGAGCACUUGACAGAGAUUCUGAAAACUCAGUUAAGGAGAAAAGAAAAUGAAAUUGAGUUAUCUCUUCUUCAGCUUCGUGAACAGCAAGCUACAGAUCAAAGAUCAAAUAUUCGUGACAAUGUAGAAAUGAUUAAGCUUCAUAAACAACUCGUGGAGAAAAGCAAUGCUCUUUCGGUAAUGGAGGGGAAAUUUAUUCAGCUUCAAGAGAAGCAAAGAACUCUCAGGAUCAGCUAUGAUGCCUUGAUGGCAAAUGGAAAUGAGCUAAAUAUGCAACUUAAAGAACAACGUUUAAAAUGCUGCAGUCUUGAAAAACAAUUACAUUCUAUGACCUUUUCUGAAAAAAGAGUAGAAGAGCUGCAGGAUAGAAUUAAUGAUUUAGAAAAGGAACGGGAACUUUUAAAGGAAAACUAUGAUAAACUUUAUAACAGUGCAUUUGGUGCUGUCCAUGAAGAGCAAUGGAAGUUAAAGGAACAGCAGCUGAAAGUACAGAUUGCUCAGCUUGAGACUGCCUUGAAAUCUGAUUUAACAGACAAAACUGAAGUCCUUGACAGAUUAAAGACUGAACGAGACCAAAAUGAGAAACUCAUUCAAGAGAAUAGAGAACUACAGUUACAGCAUCUGGAACAAAAGCAACAACUUGAUGAACUUAAAAAUCGCCUGAAGUUUUUCAACCAGGAAAGUGAUAUUAAUGCUGAUGAAUUGAGUGAAGCUCUCCUGCUUAUAAAGGCUCAAAAAGAACAGAAAAAUGGAGACCUUUCAUUUUUAGAGAAAGUAGACUGUACAAUUAAUAAAGAUCUAGAGCGCUCGAUGAGAGAUCUGCAAGCAACUCAUGCAGAAACAGUGCAAGAACUUGAAAAGACAAGAAACAUGCUAAUUCUACAACACAAAAUUAAUAAAGAUUAUCAGAUGGAAGUUGAGGCAGUGACCCAUAAGAUGGAAAAUAUGCAGCAAGAUUAUGAACUUAAAGUGGAGCAGUAUGUUCAUCUUCUUGAUAUCAGGGCUGCACGCAUCCAGAAAUUAGAAGCCCAGUUAAGAGAUAUUGCAUAUGGCACCAAGCAGUACAAAUUUAAACCAGAAAUCAUGCCAGAUGACUCUGUUGAUGAAUUUGAUGAAACCAUCCAUCUAGAACGUGGUGAAAAUCUCUUUGAAAUCCAUAUCAGCAAAGUUACCUUUUCUUCUGAAGUUUUACAGGCAUCUGGAGAUAAAGAGCCUGUCACUUUCUGUACCUAUGCUUUCUAUGAUUUUGAACUACAGACAACUCCCAUUGUGCAAGGCCUUCACCCAGAAUACAACUUCACUUCUCAGUAUCUUGUUCAUGUUAAUGACUUAUUUCUGCAGUAUAUUCAGAAGAACACUAUCACUCUUGAGGUUCACCAUGCUUACAGCACAGAUUAUGAAACAAUCGCAGCAUGUCAAUUGAAAUUCCAUGAAAUUUUAGAAAAAAGUGGUCGAAUAUUUUGCACAGCCACUUUGGUUGGAACUAAAGGAGACAUCCCAAAUUUUGGCACAGUGGAAUACUGGUUCCGAUUAAGAGUUCCCAUGGAUCAAGCAAUUCGACUUUAUCAAGAACGGGCAAAGGCUUUGGGAUACAUAACAUCAAAUUUUAAGGGGCCAGAGCAAAUGCAACCAUUAAGUCAGCAAGCACCCAAAACUGGUCAGCUCAGUUCAACAGAUUCCACAGAUGGCAACUUAAAUGAACUUCACAUUACAGUAAGAUGUUGCAACCAACUGCAGUCCCGAGCAAGCCUCCUGCAACCACACCCAUAUGUUGUGUACAAGUUUUUUGAUUUUGCAGACCAUGAUACAGCCAUCAUUCCCAGUAGCAAUGAUCCACAGUUUGAUGAUCAUAUGUGUUUCCCAGUGCCAAUGAAUAUGGAUUUGGAUCGAUACCUUAAGUCAGAGUCUCUGAGUUUUUAUGUGUUUGAUGAUAGUGAUACCCAGGAGAAUAUUUACAUAGGAAAAGUCAGUGUGCCUCUGAUUUCACUGGCACAUGACAGGUGUAUCUCAGGAAUAUUUGAAUUAACAGAUCAUCAAAAGCAUCCUGCAGGCACCAUUCACAUUAUAUUGAAAUGGAAGUUUACUUACCUUCCUCCGAGUGAAUCAAUAACUACUGAAGAUUUGGGAAAUAUCAUACACAGAGAAGAGCCAGAAGUUGCUCAGAGACUACCUUCAGCAUCCUCUAUUAGCACAUCAGUUGUAGCACCAACACCUAAACCAAGACAACGUUUAACACCUGUGGAUAAGAAGGUGUCUUUUGUGGAUACUAUACCACAUCAGAAUUCUGAGAAAUCUACUCCUCCUGAAGAUCUGAAAGAAAUUUUACCAGAAGAGCAUACACCAGAAAUAGAAAUUAAUGUGUCAACUGUUUUAUAUACUUCUAAGGUUUCACAAGAAGACCGUAUAGCUAAGGUGAAAGAGAAUACUGAGAGAAUGCAGCAAGGAAAAGAUGAUGACAUAUCUUUACUAUCUGAGGGUCAGCUUGCAGAGCCAAGCUUGGCUUCUUCUGAAGACGAAAUAGAAAUAGCUGAAGACUUGGUACCAGAAGAUGAAGAUGAUAGAUCAGCUUCUGACAGUGAUGAUUGCAUUAUUCCAGAUCCUACCUCUAAGAAUGUCAAACAGCAGCCAUUAGAAAAAAUUCGGAUUGAGAUCAUAGCUCUGUGCCUUAAUGAUUCUCGAAUAACCAUGGAUGACACUAUCCAAAGGCUGUUCAUUGAAUGCCGAUUCUACAGUCUUCCUGCUGAAGAGACACCUGUGUCACUUCCAAAACCCCAGAGUGGGCAGUGGGUCUACUAUAAUUAUAGCAAUGUGAUCUACAUGGAUAAAGAAAACAACCAAGCCAAAAGAGACGUCUUAAAAGCUAUUCUGCAAAAACAAGAAAUGCCUAACCGAAGCAUUCGAUUCACCGUGGUCAGCGACCCCCCAGAGGAUGCACAGGAUCUGGAGUGUGAGGAUAUUGGCGUUGCUCACAUCGACCUUGCCCAUGUGUUUGAGGAAGGACAAGACAUCAUGGAGCAGAAUAUUGAUGUUUUUGACGCCCGAGCAGAUGGUGAGCGCAUUGGCAGGCUCCGGGUGACAGUGGAAGCCCUCCACGCCCUCCACUCAGUCUACAGGCAACAGCAAGAGCAUUUGGAGGCUUGAAGGAACCACUCUAGAGGCAUCUCCUACUUCUGAGUAAAUGCCCACAUGA